CCUAACUAGAUUUUCUUCUGAAUAUCAGAUUGAGAUCGAUACCCACUUCCACUUCAGCUUUUUCUAAAAAAAUCUAUCCAACAAUCUUUAAAAACAAUCUCGAACCUCAAGUCAGUGCUGUUCUAGAAAGUGUAUCUAGUAUUUGUCCACCUUGAGUUGUACGCAAGCUCUGCUCAUUGCAUCAUAUGUAUGUCAAUUUCGUGGAGAACGAUUGUCUAGUAUGAGCAGACGCGAGCCACUAAAUUGCGUGCGAGGCUUUAAAAGGCCCAUCUUCGUACGCUACGCGUGUUUAGUUGUAGUUUGUCAGUUGCUGCGGAAGCGCUUUAGGAUUAAAGUGGUCCAGGCACCCAAAAAAAAAAAAAACAAAUAGUCAAUCAAUCCGUCUGUCUGUCUGUGUGUCGGUCUGUCUGCCUCUGUCUCUAAAUGGCUAUGCGUUGGAGUAAAGCGAACGUGUUUAUCCUGACCCUCAGCGUGCUCCUGUUGCUGACGCAAACGCAAUCGAAGCUGCUGACACGCUGCCAGCUGGCCAAGGAGCUGCUGCGUCACGAUUUUCCACGCAGCUAUCUAUCCAACUGGGUUUGUCUGGUGGAAUCGGAGAGUGGCCGCAGCACCUCAAAGUCCAUGCAGCUGCCCAAUCAGAGCGUCAGCUACGGACUCUUUCAGAUCAACAGCAAAAACUGGUGUCGCAAGGGUCGUCGCGGUGGCAUCUGCAACAUCAAAUGCGAAGAGUUUCUGAACGAUGAGAUUUCUGAUGAUUCGCGCUGUGCCAUGCAGAUCUUCAAUCGUCACGGCUUUCAGGCCUGGCCCGGCUGGAUGAGCAAAUGUCGUGGGCGCACGCUGCCCGAUGUCUCCCGCUGCUAAGCCCCUCGGCGGGGUCCAAACUGUUUCUCUUAGCUCUGACU